AUGCCAACGUAUUCUCUGCCAUCUGACCGGCAGCGGGAGGAGCGAGGGCAGUUGGCAACACAACGCCAUCAAGAACGUGCUUACAUUGAGGAGCAAGCUCAUGUAUUAAGACGUAGUGGAGGAUAUGCAAUUUCAGCAAAACUUGUGCAACGUACUGCCAUCCAGAAGGCAUUUGAAUACUUUCAAGACGAAACCUGGGACUUUGGCUACAAAUCGGGCAAACGAAUGGACAGCGCAGCUCUCAAACGCAUUUUGAAUGAAGUGAGAGUUAUCACUGGUUAUGAUGUUUCUUGGCGACAGUUUCGUGACUGGCUGACAUACUAUCUUCAGUUUGGCCAUCUCCCAUCUCGAAAGAAAGCUUGGAAGGGAGAGCAAGGCCGAUCAAAGCGAUUGUCGUUUACUGCAAAUGAUGAUGAGUGUCUACAAAGAAUAAUCGAAGAGCAACCUCAAUUGUAUCUGGAUGAGAUUGUGACGGAGAUGAAGAAGUUGAGAGGCAAAAUUUGGCAUCCGUCAACACUUUGGAAGCGAAUGCACGACCUUGGAUAUUCUUUGAAAGUGGCGGUGCAUCGUGCCAGACAAGCUAGCGAGAAUGAACAGGCUCUCUUCUACCAGCGACUCGACCAAUUCGUAUUGGAUCCUCAACAGAUACUUCUCAUUGACGAGACUCACAAAAGUCGUAAUGCAAGUCGACGACGUCGUGCUUGGGGGAAAAAGGGAAUUGCAACUGUGAUUCCUUCCUACUUUGAAGAAGACUUCCUACAACAAUUCACUAUAAUUGGUGUCGCCAACAUAUUUGGCUUUGUACCUGAAGCUUGUGAAAUAGUUCACCGAAACGAACGCCUUGAGAAUCGAGGCACUGUCGAUACUGAAAGGUUUGAGCUUUUCAUUGAAAAGAAACUCGUCCCAAUUCUAGGGAAUUAUGAAGAGAAGGAGCCUAAUAGUGUUGUCAUUUUGGAUAACGCAACAAUACACAUGUCCGAUCGAAUUGAAGAGAUGAUAAAUGAUGCUGGGGCCAUACUGCUAUUCACAGCGCCGUAUUCGCCAGACAUCAAUCCAAUUGAAUAUUUCUUUUCAACUUACAAAAAGGGGCUUGCUCGGAACUCAAAGAAAGGUCUAUGUAUGUUCGACGCUCACUUUGAUGCAAUUCAUCAUGUCACACCCGAAGCUGCAAUGAACACCUUUCGUCAUUGUUUGUAUCCUGGAAGUGACGAAUUCUGUGAGAGAUAUGGGCAAAACGACGAUGACGACGAAGAGUUGUUCAUGAUCAUGACAGUAAUAGCACUGUUCAUUUGGCGGAAGCAACACUGA